AUGACCCGUUCGACGGUGCAGGUGAGCAACUGCCGGGUGUCGGAGAUGUGCAGGCGCCAGGCCGGCGAGCGCGCUGCGCAGCUCGAGGAGGCCAGGAACGCCAUGUGCACGGCGCUUGACCAGUGGGAGCACGACAUCAAGCGCUCCGAGGAGCAGGAGGAGAAGAUAAUCAAGAUGGCUCAGCAGCAGGUGAAGAUGCUGCAGCAGACUCGGCUCAGCCACAUGGAGCAGGUCAUGAAACUGAGACAGCUCUGCUCCGGGAUCCCCAAGAGGGCGGAGGAGGUGGAGAGCCAGCACAGGAAGGAGUGCGACAAGAUGCAGGCCGAGCUGAAGACGGAGCUGACGGGGCUGCAGAAGAAGAUCAUGCUGGAGACGCAGAAGGAGGAACUGGCCAACAUGCAGAAGACCCUGCAGAGCGCCUGGCUCAUGUAG